CGCGUUAGCAGCAGCAGCAGCAGCAGCAAGCGACCCUUCCUUUCCUCCUUCGCUCUCCCCCGCCGCUCUCUCUGGCUGGCCUCAGCUUAACAUCGUCGUCGAGGGCCUGAGAGGGCAAAGGCGGCAGGGGGCGGAUGCACCCAUCGAGGGGAGGGGGAUGGAGGAGCUGCCAGAGCAGCGCGAGGGCUGAACGGGGAAGAGAGAGAGAGAGAGGCAGGCCGCCGAGUGAGCGAGCAGGCGGGCGGCGGAGAGCAGCCGCUUGGGUCGCCGACCGUGCGCACCAUGGGCAGGAGGGAGGGCUUGGCCGGGCAAGAAUCGCAGUGCCUGUGUGUGACACCAUCAUGAAUGAGAGAAGGAAGUAAUACGGUAUCGGAUGUGCUGCUUGCUGCCACUGUUUUGAGACACAGCAAAAAUGAUGCAUUGUGGGGAAUAAUCAAGAGCUUCCCAAGAGCGGAAAACAAUCCCUUCAAUUUAUCAGAAUGGAUUCCAAUAGCAUAGCAUUGUACUCCAGAAGGUUGAAUGAAAUUAGCUGUCUGCAUUCUAGUACAUGAAAAGCUGAGUUAUUCUCUUGGAGAGUUGUUCUAAAUGAGCCUGGCCAAGAUACUGGAUCUGUGUGAAGAGGACUAAGUAUAUUAUAGGAUGUCAACUGAGACAGAACUUCAAGUGGCUGUUAAAACCAGCACAAAGAAAGACUCAAAGAAGAAAGGUCAGGAUCGCAGUGAAGCCACUUUAAUAAAAAGGUUUAAAGGCGACGGUGUUCGAUACAAAGCAAAACUCAUUGGGAUAGACGAGGUUUCUGCAGCACGAGGCGACAAGUUAUGUCAAGAUUCCAUGAUGAAGUUAAAGGGAAUUGUUGCUGCUGCUCGUUCAAAAGGUGAACACAAGCAGAAAAUAUUUUUAACUGUCUCCUUUGGAGGAAUCAAAAUCUUUGAUGAGAAGACAGGACUACUACAGCACCAUCAUGCAGUUCAUGAAAUUUCAUACAUCGCGAAGGACAUCACAGACCAUCGAGCCUUUGGAUAUGUGUGUGGAAAAGAAGGGAAUCAUAGAUUUGUGGCAAUAAAAACAUCCCAGGCAGCGGAGCCUGUAAUUCUGGAUUUGCGAGACCUCUUUCAACUCAUUUAUGAAUUGAAACAAAGGGAAGAGCUGGAAAAAAAGGCACAAAAAGAUAAACAGUGUGAACAGGCAGUGUAUCAGACAAUUUUAGAAGAAGAUGUAGAAGAUCCUGUUUACCAGUACAUUGUGUUUGAGGCUGGACAUGAGCCAAUCCGUGAGCCUGAAACAGAAGAAAGCAUUUAUCAGGUUCCUACUAGCCAAAAGAAGGAAGGUGUUUAUGACGUGCCAAAAAGUCAACCUGUAAGUCUGGAAAAUGGAAACCUGUUGUUGGACAUAGAUGAAAAUCUUGAUAGAGUCACUCAGGCUGUUACUCAACUAGAGCUGUUUGGGGACAUGUCCACUCCUCCUGAUGUAACUUCCCCCCCUACUCCUGCAACUCCAGGUGAUGCCUUUAUCCCAUCUUCAUCCCAUUCACUUCCUGCUGGUGCAGAUAUAUUUAGUUCUUUACCUUACAGCACUGCUGCCGUACCCUCAGGUUAUGUUGCAAUGGGAGCUGUCCUGCCCUCCUUCUGGGGACAACCACCACUUGUUCAACAACAACUGGCCAUGGGUGUUCAACCUCCAGUUGCUCAGGUGAUGCAGGGAGGACAGUCAAUUGCAUGGGGACAGCCUGGGAUGUUUUCUCCCACCCAGCAACCAUGGCCAUCUGUAGCUGGUCAGUUUCAGCCUGCCGCCUUCAUGCCAACACAAACUGUUUUGCCUUUACAAGCAGCCAUGUUUCAAGGUACCGUUGCUCCCAUUGCUACUGUUCCACCUACAAGUGAUUCCACCAGAUCGAGUCCACAGACAGAUAGGCCUAGGCAGCAAGCAGGAAAACAAAUGUUUAAAGAUUUCCAGAUGGCUCAGCCUCCACCAGUGCCAUCACGAAAACCAGAUCAGCCUUCCCUCAGUUGUACCUCAGAGGCCUUCUCCAGUUAUUUUAACAAAGUUGGGAUGGCACAGGAAGCAGAUGAUUGUGAUGACUUUGACAUCUCUCAGUUAAAUUUGACUCCUGUGACUUCUACAACGCCAUCAACGAACUCACCUCCAACUCCUGCUCCUAGACAAAGUUCUCCAUCAAAAUCCUCAGCAUCUCAUACCAGUGACCCUGCUGCAGAUGAUCUCUUUGAAGAGGGCUUUGAAAGUCCAAGCAAAAGUGAAGAACAGGAAGUGCCUGAUGGAUCUCAGGCCUCAUCCAGCAGUGAUCCAUUUGGUGAGCCCACUGGUGAUACUGUAAGUCCACAGGGCGAUAGCUAGAUAGCGCAGGUUGGGGAAAGAGAACCUCUCUAUGCCCAGAUCAACAGACCUAAGAAACAGUGUUGACCCAUGCUUGUGGUGCUUCAAUACUCAAAAAGAAAACGUCAGCCUUGACAGGCCUUAUUCUUGCAGUUGAUCCCAUCUAAUCAAAGAUAAUCACUUCACUGGAUUGGUUCAGCAAGAAAAUGUUUUGGCAACUAGUGGCAACUCUCUAUGGCAGAACAUGGCAUUUUUGUUUUGUUAAAACCAGAAUCCUACUAUCCAAGCAAAGCCCUUCCUCAAAUUUUAAAUAUUCAUCAUUUUCCCCUCCUUGUCAAGUUUUGCCAUUUCUAGAGCACCACAUAAUUGAAGUAGUCAAUUCAGAUAGAUUAAAUGAUGACUAAACACAAAAUAAAUCAUGAAGUCAACAGCUAUUGAGCUACAAACAUGGUUGUACCUUUUGGUGAUAUGGUGACUCUUUUUAUCACCAUAGUAGGCUGAUUCUGCUGGGUUUUUUGUCCCUCUUAUACCACUCCAUAAUGGCAUAUUUGAAAGGGGGGGCAAGUAUGUUCCAUUCUUUUUCCUUUUCUUAAAGACUGGUGACAGACUUCAGCAGCAAAAUGCCUCCUGUGAAAAUUAUUCUUAACUUGAAACCAUGGAACGCCAUUCUGCUGAUUAUCCAUCUUGAUUGGGAAAUGUUGCCAAAUGGACCUUUCAAAUUCCAGUACAUCAAAGAGUUGAAAUGCUGCUUUUUUGUUUUGAAUACUCUUGCUGUGGGUAGAAAAGGACAUCAAAUAUUUUGAUGAAAGAAGAAAAAAGACUGUGUUAUUUCCUAGGGGACUCUUAAAACAAAGACCAGUAAAGGAAUAUUUUUUAUUUCUUUGAUACCUUGCUGCUGUAAUGCUAUGCAGACAAGUGUUUUUCUUCUCGGUGUGCCAUUUUUGAAGAGAGAAAAAUUGUUUGCCAAAUACUUCCAGUUACUUUCUGGAUUUGAUUGGGACGGACUUUAUUAACAGGAUGAAGAUGGCAUGAAUUUUGAAAUAGUGAACUGAUUCUGUGAUCAAACUGUUCAUCUUUAUCACUUUUUGUACAUCAGAAAAAAUCAAAUGGGAUUUUUAUUUUAUAACUUGAAAUUAAAAAAAAAUCUUACCAUGAGACUCUUUAAAUGCUUAAGGAGAAAUGGCUUUAAGGAGUUUGAAUGACAUUUGCCAGGGUUUUUUUGUAAAUAUAAAUGUUACAAGAAUUCUUUUACUAAUGCCAUGACACUGUAGAGAAGGUAGCAAAUGGCAGUACUUUGCAAGUGUGGAAACCCCCAGUCUGUGGUUCUUGCAUCACUUUUUUUCCCUACACAUGCAGAUGAUAAUGGGCUGAAGCUUAAGUGCAUUUGCCAGCACAGCUAGGUUGUCAGCAACCAGUAAAGUUGAUGGGUAACACAUGAUUUUAUGAUCUUGCUUUUAUGAUACAUACACACUUUACAUUUUUAAAGAGAAAAAUCCCAUUUCAUAGCCAUUUCAUAGUUUAAAAAAACCCUUCAAACUGUUUACACACAAAUCAGAAAAAAAAACUUUUUUAAAACUUUUUUUUAACGUUUAUGUAAGAAAAGUGCAGUCUUUGGUUCCUAUCCUUAGCACAUGAUUUGCAUAAAGAAUCUAUAUAUUUUUGGCCUACAAAGAAUUGUUAUACAGGUCAAAUGCAUUUUCCUGAAGUUCCUAUGCAGAUUACAAUAUAUUGAAUUUUUGUGGUUUAACACUAAAAACAAAAGUUAAUGAACCCAAAUGAUGAAUUGUUUAAAUGGUUAUGGAGAUUUUGUUUUUAAACUGAAACACCAAGAUUCCUGUGUAUUUUCCAUUGAUUUAUGUAGGCCUAGAGUUGUAUAUUUCCAUAUGUUUGAAUGGUUUAAAUGAAAACAUAGCUGAAAGCUGAACAGGGUGAUAUUUCUGUGAUAAUUCUGUGAUAUUGGCUACCAAAAUUCAUAAUUCCAGCAAGUUACUUUGAAGUAAGUACUGAAGAAAAAUGUGUGGUUUAACAGUAAGUGAAUGGCACACUAGAUGUCAAUAGGCUCAGUGUCAAAUAACAAGUGAAAUCUAAUGCACUCUUCCACUCAUUUCUUCUUUCCACUCUUAUUGUCAGGAUCUCUGCAGCAAACUCACAUCAAAAGAAAGAUGCCAAAGGCAUCUUCCCUGUAGGAUUUAAAAUGUGUGGGAUUAUAUAUUUUUGGUUUAACUAAGUGGAUGAAAACAUUUCACAGGGCAUUUCUUUUUACAGAAUAUUAAUUUUAAUAUGAAGUGCUACAUUCUUCCUCAGCAAAGCUCUUUACUGUUUUUGUCUUGGAAUGCUGGAUUGUAAGAAGGCAACAUUUAAGUUCUUCAUUGAUAAACCUUUGGAGGAUAUUGUGAUCGCUGACUUUUCAGUUCAAAGCAUUUGAAUCAUAGUUCAAUAGGUUCAUUGAAGAUUUCUGUAAUUAUAGGACUGAAGGACUUUCCCAGGAUGGGAAAAGUUCAUGUAACCAGUGCUACACAGUAGCUGUAAAAAGUAAUAAAGUUGGAAUUUCAAAAUCAGAACCAACAAGGAAAUUUGCUCCAUGUAAACAUUAGCUAUUUUUGUGAAACAAGACACUCCAUAGCUACCAUGUUCCACCAUCAGAAGAUUCCUUUCUGUCGUCUAGAAGUGAGAGAAUAAGGAAGCCUGCACUAUACCAUUUUAUAAAUGGUCUAAUAGGUCCAGGGGAGUCAACAAGCCUUUCCCUCCCCAUUCUUCACUAGCACUAAAUUUGUCACUUUAAAUUUUAAACCAGGGAAUCCCACCCACCAUCCUGUACUGUCUCCCAGUAAUUUCUCGAUUCCUACCAUGCCAUAAAAAUAUUUUGAUAGAUUGUAGUCAUUCAACUGUCUGACAAAACCUAUGAUCAAAUCAUGUACUGGGCACCUUCUUUGCAAAGAUGUUUAGUCUCUACCUUUAUCCAUUUUGAUUUCUGCAUUCCGACACGUAUUUUUUUAAUAAAGAAAAGAUAAAAAUGACUGUUUUGCAGUACAUUUCUAGAUCUACUUUAACUUUACCUCAGAGGAAAAUCAUUUGUUAACAUUUGUUGAACAUAUUUUGUCCUUAACUUUAUGUACAAUGAAUUCAGCAGAAAAACAACAAAUUUUUAGAAAUUUUCCAUUAAUUUCUGUA